AUGAUCAGAAGUCCAAUUCGAAAUCUGUUAACCGAAAUAGAUUUCUGUAUUCCUGGUUCAAAUGUUGAGAAGGCAUUCCUGUUUGAUGUAGCCAGUAAGAUUUAUGUGGCCACCGAUUCGGCGCCCGUUGAUAUGGCAACGUACGAGUUGUGCUGUGAUAUGAUCGAUGUCACCAUCGAUAUUUCGGCGAUUUACGGGUGUAAGGACGAUAGCGCAGUAAACGCAGCAUUUGACUCACAAUCACAAGCAGUCAUCCAUUUGAAAACGGAUCAGGUUCUAUUCCUUCGUCAGGUGAGUCGUUUUCUUUUUUGCAGCCUGGCGUUUCAGUUGCGUGAUUCAUUUUUGAGGUUUUCUCUGAAUUGA